UUUUUUUAACUAAACAUGGCCGUAGUCUUUGCCAGCUGGCGCCAACUGACUAGUACUCCUGUAUAGAUGCCGUGUGGGCCUGUGGAGUCAGGUCAGAGUCAGAGUAGCCGGCUUCUCUGACCUGAGCCUGGGCCUGCAAUAGCAGACUGCGGAGACCAGCCAGCCUCCGUCGGCCUCGGGUCAACCUGUUCUUCAUUCCUCUUGGCAAGCAAUGGCCGCCGCCGCCGCUGCUGCUGCCUUGCUCGCCGUCUCCGUGGUGUUCCUCGUCCCCGGCGUGCUCCCCCAGCAGCCGCAGCCGCAGCCGCAGCAGCAGGACCCUCCCAAGCUCUGCGGCACCAAGGCCAACGGCAGGUACGCCUGCCCCGACUGCUCCACCUCCGCGGCCACCUCCAGCCGCGGCGGCGCCUUCGAGGCCAACCUGCUCCGGUUCCGGGACUCCCUCCGGGACAUGGCCGCCGCCAACGCCAGCUUCCUCAACGCAACCUUCGGCGCGGACGAGGACGCGGUGUACGGCCUCGCCACGUGCCUCGCGGACGCCGAGAUGUCCGACUGCGCCGCCUGCCUGGCGGCCGCGGCCGCCGAGCUGCCCGGCACGCGCUGCGCGAGCCGCAGGGACAUGGUGCUCUGGUACCCGCAGUGCCUCGUGCGCUACGACAACGCCAGCUUCUUCGGCGUCGCGGACACGUCGCCCGAUCGCCGCUUGCUCGUGCCCAACCCCAACAAUUUCUCCGACCCGGCGGCCCUGAACAAGGCGCGGGAGAGGCUGAACGGCCGGAUGCUCGCCGCGGCGGCGGAAUCGCCGGCCCGGGUCGCGUUCGGCGACGAGCAGGUCAGCGCCAACGCGACGCUGCACGGGCUGGCGCAGUGCACGGUGGACCUGACCCCCGAGGAGUGCAGCCGCUGCCUGGCGACGCACAUGGUCUGGCUGGGCGUCUGCUGCACCGACAUGGACGGCGUCCGCCUCAGCGGGCCCAGCUGCUACCUGCGCUACGAGUUGAUGGCAUUCGCGCCCGGCACGCCGCCGACCAUGGCGCCGCUCGUCGAACCACCGCCGCCGUCCGCGGCAGCGCCAGGAGCUUCUUCUGGGACUGGAGGAAGCUCAAGCUCCUCGAGGAAAAAGCCCAGGACCUACGUACUAGCAGGUGCGCUGGGUGGAGUGGCCCUGCUUCUCGUCGGGGCUUGCAUAAUACUAGUAACAUGGUGGUGCAAGGAGGAGGAGGAGAGGAAGCAAUCAUCAUCCUCGGGACGAGGCAGCCGCAGGAAGAGGAUGGAGUCCCUGCUACAGCAGCAGCAGCAUCCUCGGAGGUACAGCUACUCGCAGGUGAAGCGGAUGACCGGAUCCUUUGCUCACAAGCUGGGCCAAGGCGGCAAUGGCGCCGUGUACAAGGGCAGGCUCCCCGACGGGCGCGAGGUGGCGGUGAAGAUGCUCAAGGAGGCCAAGCAGGUGGACGGCGAGGAGUUCAUCAACGAGGUGGCCAGCAUCAGCCGGACGUCGCACGUCAACGUGGUGACGCUGCUGGGCUUCUGCGUGGAGGGCAAAUCCAGGAGGGGCCUCGUCUACGAGUACAUGCCCAAUGGCUCGCUGGAGAGGUACGCCGGCAGCGGCGGCGACCUGAGCCUGAGCUGGGAGCGGCUGCUGGACAUCGCCGUGGGCAUCGCCCGGGGGCUGGAGUACCUCCACCGCGGAUGCAACGCCCACAUCGUGCAUUUCGACAUCAAGCCCCACAACAUCCUGCUCGACGCGACGUUCCGCCCCAAGAUCUCCGACUUCGGGCUGGCCAAGCUGCGGCCGCAGAAGGAGAGCACCAUCGCCGUGUCCAUCGCCGGAGCCAGGGGCACCGUCGGCUACAUCGCGCCGGAGGUGUUCUCCAGGCAGGUGGGGGCCGUCACCAGCAAGUCCGACGUCUACAGCUACGGCAUGAUGGUGCUCGAGAUGGUCGGCGCCAGGAGGAGCGGCGUCGUCGUCGUCGAUGGUUCCGGGAGCUCGGGGGCGAGCAGCAGCUACUUCCCAGAGUGCCUGUACCGGGAUCUGGACGGGUUCUGCGCCAGCAGCACGUGCAGUGGGCCUGAGGAGGAGGAGGUGGUGAGGAAGAUGGUGGUCGUCGGCCUCUGGUGCAUCCGGAUGUCUCCUUCCGAUCGACCCUCCAUGACCAGGGUCCUGGAGAUGCUGGAGAAGAUGACCGUGGCAGAGCUGCCGCUGCCGCCAGAGGCACAUGCAGCAUCAGCAGCAGCAGGCCCUUCUUUGACUGACUGACUGACCGGACAGGCAUGAUGAUGGUUCAUCAUCAGUUCAUCACUAGCUCUAAGUUACUCCCUCCAUCCCUGUAACUGUCGUUUUUGCUUUCCGAAAAACAACUUUGAUCAAAUAUAUAUAAAAAUAUAUAUUAAAUAGAAAUUUGAAUUUA